CAGCAACUCUUGAGCAAUUAGGGUUAAAGAAAGAAACCUUGCACCAGCUUACAGACAUUGAAAUAGAACUCAGAAUUUUUGCCAAAUUUGGAUCUUUUGUGUAAUCUUUUGCCCUUCAGUGUUACUUUGCACUCAAACAAAAUCGUCUCGCCAACUCCAGUAUAUUAUUUACUGGUAGACACAAAACAACAGAGGCACCGUGGUGAUCUGCACGUGAUCUGUACAUGAUGUGUAUACUACAUGUGCAUUUGUCGUAUGUGGUGUUUUCAGUAAGUUCUUUGCUCAUGUGUCUCCCACAGCACAUGUUGGCUAAGCAUGUGAAACGUCAUGUUAAAACAUCUUAAACUAGAUUCUGACUAUUAUUAGUUGGGGUCAAUGUUCACUUCCAGUUUCACCUCUGGACCCUCCCUUUAAGUUUAACCAUGGAGGAUGCUUUAACUGUGCUGUUAACAUAACGGAAGUACUGUACGACAUGUUAGCAAUGGAGAGGUCUUGGAUUGUCCAAUCUCCUGGCAGUGUGGGAGGAAACGAAGGAAUCAAGGUGUUAUCUCCCGAUCCAGACUUGACGACCCAGCCCACGGGGGCUUGAGGCAAGAUUAGAAGGUUUUUUUUUUUUCUUUGCGGGUGAUCCCCAGAAUCACGAGGUUGGCAUUAAGGGGCCGGAACUUCUCUCUCUCUGUUUUGCGCAAGCGAGGCCAGAAACAGCCCAAGCGGUUCCUGUCUGAGGGGAUGAACAGGAGGUAAUCGGAGGGUAAUUUCCUUCCUCCAUGACUUCCACGGCAAAAUAUGCGGGCUUGGGGUUUUUCACUUCAAGCGGCUGAGCACUCUAAAUACUAUCUGUCAAACCUUUGCUAGAUCUCUCUCUCUCUGUCUUUGGAUGGGGGACAAAAACUGCCAUACAAGUUCUUUCUGUUUUGGUUCGCUUUGUGUACGAUGAAAUCGUUGAGCUCUUGCAUCUGGUCCUGGUUGGGGUACAGGCAGUUAAAUCUUGUGAAAUGUACAUGUACAAUGUACAUGUAUUUGAACAUUGCACCUGUUUUGUGGAGGUUGCCUAGUACAUGGUGUUUGCUGAACUCAAAGUGUGUAUGUGUACAUGUAGUUUGUUUAUGAUUUUAUUUUGUUUUGGGGACUUACAAUAUAGGACUCGUUGAGCAGAAGGGCAAAUUUCAGCUUAGCGUAAAAAGACCUGUUUUUCUCUUUGAAGUGCCUGAACCGAAAAGGCCAUCUUGGUAAUGAACUUACCCAGUUUCCUGUAUUCCAUGAGUACUCUAUAUGAGUGUGGACAGAAACUAGAACUGUGUUACAACUGCUGGAUGAAAGAAGCUGCAUUUGAUUUUGAAUGACUUGAGGCUGAUUCCCCUUCACCAGUUGUUUUUGUUUCAAUUUUUCACAUUUUUUUCCCUCGUCAACAAAAUUUUUCGGUGAUUUUUCUCAGCAGUACAAUGCAUGAUCUUUACACUUGACUUGUACUCGUGUAUAUCAAAUUAUCAACCCUGAUCUACAAUGCCCACUAUGCAUGUACAUGUAUGUGUACUGAAAGGGAUUCACUGUCGUCAUCAUACUGUGUGAUGUGUUAAGAUCGGGGUAUGCAUACAUGUACGUAUUUGGUUGAAAUAAUCUCAUUAAAAAUUCAUUUUAGUAGCAUUGCCUCUUGUCGUUCACUUACUCAGACUGGAUUUUGGUACUUUUUGUGUAUUACUGUGUUUUUAUUUCACAGUAACUUUAAUUUUAAAAGUAACUUGUAGCCAAAGGGUCACAAACAUUUUAUUGUACAGAGAAUAGGGGCCUACAAUUGACAUGUCGCAAAAUGUGUGUAAAACCUUGUAAAUAACAUUUGAAAAAACACUAAAAUGCAUCAUAAAAACAGCACUGAAGGAUAUUGAAACUCACACUGUCACACACACAAACAUCGUACAAAAUACUUGUGGACCACUGAAGUCUUUGAACAGUUCUACAGGCCUCAUAAAAACACUGACAAAAGUGCAAAGAUUGUUUGCAUGGGCAGUCAGAAAAGCACCUACAUUUACUGUCAACACUUGAUCCCUGUGGCUAUAACCUAACCGACAUGUAGCUUAUACUUCAUAUUGAUCAUUGUGCCUGUCUUCUGAAUAGAAACCAGAACUUGCUUACAUAUGCACAUAUGUACCAAUAUACAGUGUACAAUGUCUUUAGGCCCACUGAACAUGUACUGUAGGUAUACCUGGUUGUGAUUUCAGAUUUAAACCAGAAGCUUUUGCACGUGUAAAUAUCUACAGCUUGACCUAUGGUACAUGUAUUGUACAAACGUACUUCCUUGAGCAAAACUGUAGGUUCUGGUGUGGGAUUUCCAUUUGCAUGUACAUGAAUACCAUAUGCAUGUAUUUUGCUCUUAUUACAUGUACAUGUAUGGUACAUGUUUAUUUUACACCUGCAUGAUGAAAUUUUGCACAUGUCCUCCCAGAUUGCUAGCUCAUCAAACGUGGAAAAUCAGAUCCAUUAAUUGUUACAACUUAAUUUUAACUUCCUGGUGUCUUUUUACUAGGCACUGGGUCAAAACCACCAAAAUCCAGCACUGUCUGUGCAGUCCAUGUUGCUUGCUAAAAAGAUGACCACUGGCAUGAUGGUCUUUGUUGAUGGACCUGCAUAUUACGUAGUACAUAUGGCUUGCAUGACAUCAUCAGUUUUGUUGCCAUGACAGCAUGAUACUGAAUGCCCUGGCAGUGCUUCAGGCUUCCUGGACCAAGUCCAUCAUAAUCCAUCGACAUUUGGUCACCUCAGGCCUUCUGGACUGAGUCCAUCAAAACCCACCAAAAAUUAUGGAUUCUGAAGGAUUUGGGAUGGCUAGAGUUAAGGAAUCUUAGUCAGUGGCCUGUUGCCAAACUAAAAGUUGCCUCCUGUGGCUUCAACACGAGCUUCACCCUCCAUUUCCAACCGUUGCCAUUGGAACCACAGGGAGAUUGCUAGAUGCCUCUGCAACAGAAAAUGGAGCUGCAUUGAGCUCCAGGUUCUCAAGCUCAGGGGACUAUGAAUCCAAGAAACUAGAGCCACAAGCCAGACAGGGCGAUGAAGUCAACUGUUUUGACCUGCAGGCCAUGCAAUAAGAAGGAACUUCCCUCCCACAAUCUGGCAUUUCCUGUAAAGUUCAACGAAUGGAGGGACGAGCCUACACUGCAUGAGUACAGUGUGCUGCCGUCUCGUUUACGUGGUCGAUAAGAUGUCCAAUACCAUCCAGAUUGACCAGUCUACCUUUGAGGCACUGCCCCGCACCCAGCGCCUCAAGCUGGCCAAGAAGGCCCGUCAGGAGCAGCUGCGGCAGUACUACGCCCGGGAACGAGAGGAGCAGCGCCGGGGGUCCGCAGGGGACGGCGGCAGGGGCACCCGCACGCCCAACAAGAAGGGCACCCAGGUGAACUUCCAGCUGGCCCACCGGCUGCGGGACGCGGCCACCAGGUUUGACAUCAAAGAGGUGUUGGCACUGUUGGACCAAGGAGCUGACCCAAACACGUCGUCAGAGAGUGGGGUCACUCUGCUACAUCAGUGCGCUCUCGAUGACAACCUGGCAGCGGCUGAGAUCCUGGUAUCCCGUGGGGCCAACGUCAAUGCACAGGAUGACGACUGGUGGUCGCCGCUCCAUGCGGCGUGCGCCUGUGACUUUGCCGAAAUUGCCCAACUGCUCUUAAGUAGUGGUGCGGAUGUAACCCUCCUUGACAUUGACGGCAAUGUCCCUUGGGACCACACAGCUGAAGGCAGCGAAACACGACUGGUCAUGGAACAACAUAUGCAGCAAGUCGGAGUUGACAGCAGUACACUGAGAGGCAUCAAGCAGCGGGAUGCAGAGAGAAUGCUAUCGGAUGUCAAAGAGUUCUUACUGACUGGAGGAAACGUGAAUGCAACCAACGACAGAAACACGUCACUGCUGCACAUAGCUGCCGCCAACAACUACCGCGACGUGGCCAAGUACCUCUUGGACCACUAUGCCGAUGUAGACCUGGAGGAUGAUGAGGGGAUGACUGCCUUGCACCUGGCGGCCAGAUUCGGCCACACCAAGAUGAUCAAACUACUGACCAGGAGGAACGCCAACCCCAAAAUCGCUAAUGCCAAUGAGGAGAGGGCCGUUGACUUGGCGGCUACUGAGCUGAUCCAAGAGAUGCUGAAGACUGCCAUGCAGGAGUACCUGCCCAACCGCAUCAAGCCGGUCGCCGCCCCCGGCCGCGACGACGAAAUCUACGAGGAGCUGCCCGACCCUACAUCGGACGGAGUGGCCCGCAUCAACAGCAAAAACCUAAGAGCAAGAUCGUCAUCCUUGUCCAAAACCGAGGAGAUUUUUGAGGCGCAGACAAGGAUACCCGACGACAACAAAAGACUCAGCCAACCAGGCGAUGAGCAAAUCAAGUGCAUCGGGCUGAAGAUUAUGCCCGAGGAUGAAUCGGUGUAUCUGCCCGGCACGAGCUCCACCGACGACCUGACCUCCAUGUCGGAGCUGUCCCAGAACAUGAUCCUGCAGGAGCUGAUGCUGAGGUACAGCAAGGACAUCAUCUAUACCUACGUAGGCGACAUCCUGAUUGCCGUCAACCCCUUCAAGAGCCUGCCCAUCUACUCCUGCCGCGUCUCGCGCCAGUACUGCGACCUGGCCGAGCGGCGCAGCCUGACGCCGCACAUCUUCUGCCUGGCAGACGACGCCUACCGGGCCAUGCUGCGGGAGGGGCGUUCGCAGUGCUGUCUUAUCAGCGGGGAGAGCGGGGCGGGCAAGACGGAGUCGGCCAAGUACCUGGUCCAGCACCUGCUGCUGCGGGCCCACAGCGAGGAGAGCCUGCUGAACGAGAAGAUCCAACAGGUGAAUCCGUUACUGGAGUGCUUUGGGAACGCCCAGACAGAGAUGAACAACAACUCCAGCCGCUUCGGCAAGUACCUAGAGCUCCUCUUCUGCCGGGACGGGCGGGUCCAGGGGGCAGCACUGUCAGAGUACCUCCUGGAGAAGUCGCGGGUGGUACACCAGGGCGAGAGGGAGAGGAACUUCCACAUCUUCUACCUGAUGUACGCUGGCCUGUCGGAGGAGGAGAAGAUCGAGUUUGGGCUGUCUGGUGCCGAGGCGCACAGGUACCUGAACAGAGGGCAUGAUGUGAGGAGAGCUGUCAACACGGCUUGUAAGCUCAAGUUCCAGUCUGUGAGAGACUGUCUACAUCUCAUCGGCUUCUCCAAGGAUGACGAGGAGAGUUUAUUCCGCACCCUGGCCGCCAUCCUGCACCUUGGCGACCUCCACUUCACCCAGUCGGACAAGGACAUGGCCCGUCUGGUCAACCAGGAAGUGCUGGACAAGGUGGCAGUCCUCCUGCAGGUGUCUGCCGACGAGCUAGGAGGGGCCAUCAUGUCCGAGACCACCUACACCAGAGGUGAAGCCAUCACCAAGCUUCGAACCGUAGACCAAGCCGAGGAGUGCCGCGAUGCCCUGGCCAAGGCCAUCUACAGCCGGCUGUUCAGCUGGGUGGUCAACAACAUCAACCAGCUCCUGCAGCCCGUGGAGGGGGCAGAGACCGACUACGAGAUCGGGGUGCUGGACAUCUUCGGCUUUGAGAACUUCUGCCGGAACAGCUUUGAACAGGUCUGCAUCAACCUCGCCAAUGAGCGGCUGCAGAACUUCUUCAACGAGCACAUCUUCCUGAAGGAGCAAGACGACUGCGAGCAGGAAGGCAUCAAGCUGGACAGCAUCAGCUUCACCAACAACAAGCCCUGCCUGGACCUCUUCCUGGAGAGACACACGGGCAUCAUCGCGCUCAUUGACGAGGAGAGCCACUUCCCGCAGGGUACCGACAAGUCGCUGGCCACCAAGCUGCACAGCGGACUGAGCCCCAAGGCCAAGAACAUCUACUUUGCUCCCAAGGACGGCGGGCUGUCCUUUGGCAUUUUGCACUAUGCUGGAAUUGUGAACUAUGACCUCUCAGGCUUCCUGGAGAAGAACAGGGACACGUUGGCUAAGUCGGUGCAGUUUACCAUGAAAACAAGCUACAGUCCCCUGAUCCGGGAGAUGUUCCAGAGCAAGGUGACGAGGACGGGGUCCAUAGCGCCCAGCGUCCGGCAGCGGGCAACGCGGAAGUCCCGGAAGCAGUCGACUAAGAACACCAAGGAUGCCUUUGCCUUCUUCCGGCAGAAACGGAUGUCCGAACGGGAAAGCCUGAGAAGGAAGAAAGUGGAGAAACCAGUAACAGGAACAGAGCGGAAGGGAGCUGCCACAGUUUUGUUCCACUUCAAGAAUUCCCUGUUGGAGCUGAUUGGCAAGAUGACUGUCUCCUCCCCGCACUUUGUGCGCUGCGUCAAGCCCAACACGGCCAAGCUGCCGGACAAGUUCACACCGGAGUACGUCAUCGCCCAGCUGCGCUACACAGGCAUCAUGGAGACCACCCGCAUCCGGCAGCAGGGCUUCCCGCUCCGGCUCACGCCCGAGGAGUUCUUGCAAAGGUACACUGCCCUGGUAGAGUUCUCUACCGACCGUAAACUGCAGCAGACAGACCUGCAGAGAUGCAAGGACACGCUCAAGUACCACAACAUCUCCGACUGGAAGCUUGGUAAGUCCUCCAAGUUGUUCUUCCGACACUGGCACACGCAGAGACUGCAGGAGCUGAGCAGCCGGUUGGAGAAGAAGAUUGUAACGUGCCAGAAAGUGGUGCGAGGUUUCCUGAGCCGACAGGGAAUGAAAAGUCUCCUCACGAGAUGGAAACGGCAAAAGGAUUGUGUGGCUGUCUUCUUCAGUGAAGUACAGCGCAAAGGUGACUUAAUCUUUGAGGUCCAGGAGGCUUGCAACGACCACGACGAGGCGCAGGAGCUGGAGCGAGUGUUGCUGGAUGCGGUGGCGACGGGCGUGAAUGGAGAAGACGCUGGGGGCCACAGGGUCACAGCAGCAGCAGCAGCGGGGGAGGAUGGAGAUGAGCAAGAGAUUGGCAGAAAUUGUCAGAACAUCUCAAUAGAGUCUGAUUAUACUGAGAUGACAGGGGGCAUUAGGACAUCCACCUCUUUCCAGGAAACCUCUUACGAGUCAAUGAAAUUGGAUGAUACCUACAACGAUGCUGACAUCUACGUCAAAGAUCCUGUAGACAGACGCCCUUCUGUCUUGCCUUAUCAGUUGACCACGGAUCAGAUUCACAUUAACCAAGCCAAGUGUACUCCCCCUGCUUCCUCCAGAGACAGCAGCAACACUGAACAGCACAGGACCAGUGGUGAGGUGUUUGACGAUCCCAUCUAUGAGACAAAGAUAGAGACGAAGGAAGACUUGGACGUUGGGAGUCGAACCUCGCGUGCACCUGCGGAACCUCCGCCCAGGACUAGCUCACUGAGUGGCAUGGAUGCCUCAAUUGGCCAAUCAGGCGUCGGGGCCCUGCCUCCUCCGCCCCCUCCACCUCCGAAUGGUCAUAUGACAUCAGGCAUGCCAGCAGCUGAGGGUGACCAUCAUUUGCCCCCUCCGCCCUCCCCUCCACCCAUUGCAGACUUGGAGGAGGCAAACAUCCCCAGUGACUUGCCUCCACCGCCGCCAAUGGCUGACGUCAGUGUGGAGACCAAGCAGAAGAUCUCCAACAUUCGAAACAUGUUCCUCCAGGAGGAGAAAAAUGCAGAUGUCCCCGCUGAACAGAAGAGGUGGAGUAAUACACCCCGAUUGACUGAAGAGGGCGAGGGUGAGGCACCCAACAAGGCUCGCAUUGCGGCCUUCAAGGCCAAGCUGGAAUCUGCCGAGAAGGAGUCGUCCGUCCCCGAGAAGCGACGGAGCCGACCGCUGUCGGAAGUCCAGGCCCAGUUCUCACCCUCACAGGAGGUGACCAACCGGGAAGUGGCCGCUUCCAGUCCGGGUGGGGUCAAGAAGCGACCCCCCGCACCUCUUCGAGAUCCAAAUACCCGGCUAACAAUGGCCACUGACCAGAUGGUGGGAUACCAUGAAAAGAAACAGCGUGCUGUGUCCAGCUCAGACAUGCCAACAAAUCAGUUUGUCUUCCCCUCGUCUGUGCCAUCGGGGAAUUCGAGACAUGCAUCAGACUCUCAUGGGAUGAGCAUCCCACCACCUCCAGUCAUGCCUGCUCCCCAACCGCCUCAGCAGCCAGUCUACGGCAACGUCGAUCAGCCAGGUUACAGUAGUCGCCCCACUUCACAACCUCCGCAUGGUCAUGUGAGCCAACCAAUCUAUGGUAACGUAGACCAACCGGGCUAUGCCAGCACCAACCAACCAAUCUACGGCAACAUUGACCAGCUGGGCUUCGAGUAUGACCCAUCCUUAUAUCAGAACAUUCCACCCCCGCCCACGGAACCCCCACCUCCUCCUCCGACAAACUCCAGCAACGUCUUCACCCAGAUUCCCGGAGCCAUCAGAUCAUCCAAGGUGCCCGUCCCACCACCGGGGCCAGUAGGGGGUGUGUCUGCACCCCCUCCACCACCACCCCCAGGCCCGGCACCCCCACCACCCCCUGGGGUACCCCAGGCGCCCAUGGCACCCCCUCCCCCACCACCUCCGACGGCAUCAAGCAUGGGGACUGGGGGUCUCUUGGAUGGCAUCAGGAAUGUGAAACUGUCAUCGGCCAGCAAUGGUGUUGAGAGGGAGCGCAAGAAGUCAGAGGCUACCAUGGAUAACUUGGUGGCCGAGCUCUCCCUGGGUACCCAUAGGCUCCGCCCAACCCCCAAACCCAUCAAGGGCCCAGCGACAGAGGGACAAGUGACAGAUCCCGAUGAGCCAGCCUGGAUUGUCAACAAGCGUCAGCCACCCCAAGUCAGCCCCACCAAACCCUCCAAAACCCCGCCCAGCGCCGCGGCCAAGAGCACUGCCCCAAAGAGUCCAGCUCACGUUCCCCUGUCACCUUCUGUGGCACCCAAGCCCCACAAGGCCAAUGGAGCCCCACCCCCAAAAGAGGAACUGCUCCCGCCGCCGCCGCCGCCCCCAAGUGCUCCCCCGUCGGCACCCCCUCCAGGGCAGCAGGGCCAGGGAGUCAAGAAGGCGAGCAUGGCUGCCCCGCCUUCUCAGGCGGCAGCUGGAGCAAACGGUAUCCCUCCUGAGGAAGACCUACCUCCUUGGAAGAGAGCCAUGAAGGAGAAGAAAUUGAAAGAGCAGCAGGAGAAAGAACAGCAAGAAGCUGCCAAGAAACAGGAAGAGGAAGCAAGGUGGAAGGACAUCCCAGAGUGGAAGAAGAAGAUGAUCCUGGAGAAGGAGCGGAAGAAGGCCGAGGAGGCGGCCGCUGCCGUAGACCCGGAGAAGGAGGAGCGGGAGGCCAAGCUGAAGGCCAUGCCCACUUGGAAGCGGAACCUGGUCAUGAAGAAGUCUACACCACAGGAGGAUAACAACAACGGUGUGCAGCAGUAAGCGCUUGCAGGAGAACAACUCGCUCUGGAAAGAGAUAAACUGUAGAGGAAGUCGACAAGGCUAGGCAAAAGCUUACUAUGCACGUAGUCAGAGUCAAGCCCCAUUUGAGAAUGGAGCCCAAUCAAGAACCAGUCACGGUGAAGGAAUGUUAUGAUGGGCAGACGUUAUGAGCUCAAGGAAUUAGCCCCAAGUCUGGAACAAGAUUACAGAUUGAUAAACGAACGGCAGUACACUUUGGAGACAUGUAUGAAAUACAAGGCGCCAGCUUGGAUUUUAGUCUCAUCCAUUCUUCCAACUUGGUAAAUGGCAGCGGCUAGUGUCAGAGGGUAAAAAUAAAAUCUUUUAUCUUUAUAUGACUGACGGUAGCACAGUGUAAAUCUUAAUAAGAGAUCAUGAUAAGUUUUGUCUUCUUUUAAUAGUUUGACUUGAUUGCGACUCGGGAUGAAGAAUUCCCAGGGGAAAAACUCUUGUGUCUCUUGAUGGUUUUGACAUGAAUCAAAAAGGAAAGAGUGCAUUUACCGUACAUGCACUAGCACGUGGAACAAAAGUGUUGCGUUGUGUUUUGUUUCAAGCUGACCUUUUUGGUUCACAAGCAACUUUCACCAAGCACAAAACAGAAACAGCAAGGAUAACAUGGAAAAAAAAAACAGUUUUACUGGUGAGGUGUUUUGUUAUUUUAUAACAUUGCCAGAAGUUUCCCAAAGGAGGAAAUUGUCACUACAGUAUGUAUAACCACAACUGUGCAUAUCUGAGUUACAAUAUUUACCAGUUACAUUUUUGGAACUUUUUUAUAUACGUGUAUUAGUUCAUUGUCGUCAACCGCUUACUGCAAGAUUAACAAAAAUUGAUUUAUAUAUUUCUGUUCGCUCAUCUUUUAUGUAUAUAAUUGUAUUAAUGGAAAAAGAGGAAUCUUGGUGCUUGAUAAUUAUGAUCAAUAUGCUUGAUCAAUAUGAAAUCAAUAUGCUUGAUCAAUAUGAAAUCAAAACUGAUGCAAAUAAUGAACGAUUAAACGAAUCUCUCUCGAAGCUUAUCUUUGCUUUUUGGUGCUGUAGCAUUUUCACCUAAACUUGAAAUGAUUUCACGGACAGCUUUAAUGGUUUUUACCGACGACCAUUCCAUGCAGCUUUUGUCUCUGGGAUUCUCCAUUCACAGACCAAUUCAACUAUACCUAUCAUUCCAGUUCUCCAUUGUGAGCGGACAUUUCCCCAAGGAUUAACCUCCUUUUAUCCCCUGAACUCUCCCGUGCAAGUUUUCAGCCUGCCAGGUCCUAUUUUCCUCCCCCCCUUCAAUAUUCCUUACUUGGCUGUGUCCGUGAAAACUGAAUUUCACUCAGCAACUGUCAUAAAAGUGGGCUGGUCCCAUCUUCUCAACACUUCAGUAAUACAUUUUCAUAUAAACUGUACGUACUUGUGCUAUGCAGAAUUUUGCUACAGAAUGUCGAAGAAAAUGGAAGAAAAAAAUGGAAACGAAAUGAUCUCAAAUUCCAUUAUAAGUCUUGCACAGUAUUAACCUAUUUUUAUCUCUUCUGCCAUUUACAACUAGAACUUAGAAAAUUACACUUGUAUUUUGUAAUGUAGAGUAUCCUACAUUUGAUGCAUUAAUGAUGGUAAUGGUGUCCUUGGGUAUGAGGUUAAAUUUUGUGUUAGGUUAUAGGUUUAAGCUCUCCUCUCUCUGUUAACCACUUAGCGCCGGUUGAGCCCAUAUGGGCGACAUUCUUCUGAUCCACACAGCCGGGCGGCCUUAGAUGGGGACCGGACUGACUGCUAUGAGUCACCAUAAGCUGUAAUCCUCCUAUUGUAAAGUACAAUGGCAUGAAGUGCCACAGCGCUCGCUCGAGGCCAGCCUGGCCAUUGUUUGUCGUUCCUGGCAGGGCCAAGGGCGAUCAAAGAAGCCAUUAUGUAACAGCCUAAUAAACAUAACAAUGGCAUUUUUUUAAAGCGCCCGACAACGAUUCAUAUAAAAGUAUGAUGAAUACGAAUGUCAAAAUCAAAAUCAUAAAACACCGCCCGGCAGCUUGUAGUUCAAGGGAACUUUUUACCUGGCCUGAAGUGGUUAAAACAGCAGCAAUGUACAUGAUGUGUAGUAUUGAUUAACACACACUGUAUCUACAUGCAUUGGAAAGUCUAAUGUUGUGGGUGUUUGAAAUUAUAUACAUGUAUGUAAAUAAUAGGGUGUGUGACCUUAUUUCUGUGCUUGUACAUGUACAUGAAAAAUGUUCAAAUCUGUAACAAAUGCAAGCAUGUCAAAGAUCUCUUCCAAUUCCUAUUAUGAGGUGUAAAAGUAAUGUUUAACCCGUGACUUUAACAGUAUGGUAGACACAAAAAGUAAACAUUUGAUUUUAUAAGUACAUGUAAUGCAGUUGAAAAUAUGCCCUUCUUGUGCUUGCGGGGCACGGAUUGUUUUUUAUGAAAUGAGUUUGAUUCACCAGGGUGCAAUUGAGUUUUGUGUAAUUUUUAUAACUGUUUUCGAUUAUUUGCGUGGUUUAAUUUUUGCCACAGUUCGGUAACUGUUGAUGGCAUGUAAAAUGCUUUUUUUUUUACUUUUUGUAAAAUCUGGUUUUAAAAAUAUGUGAAUGUGAUGAAAAUGCUUACUCAGUUUCAGAGUGAACAGCAGGAAAUGUUUUGCAUUUGUUAAAGAUGAAAUCAGUAAUAAGUCUUUGUAAAUUAUACAUGAACUGUUUUCAUUGGCAUGUAAGCUUUCCUUCAGUUUUGCUUGUAACGACAUAAAAGAUAACUUACCAAAUAAAUACACACUGUCCAUUCCGAACAAAAUUUGUAAAGACUAAAGCUACAUAUAUCUCCAUCGCAGGUAAUGUACGUGUAAAACUUGCAAAUGGAAAGUUACCCUAUUCUGAAUAUCAAUAUUUCUGCUAUUAAAACUGUUACUUGACAAGACUGCCCCAGACAAGGCUGAAAGACCACAUUUCAUGAGUGACUUGAAAAGGCAGGGUAGAGUAAAAUUCUCUUAAAGCAUAACCGAGCAUAAUUACAUGCAUAUUCUGCUGUUUUUUCAAAGAGGUACAGUUAACCGUUCUCACUGUAAGACAGUGUAUCCACACUGAAACAGGAUCAAGAAAAUUGACGUAUAAAAUUUGCCACUUCCAAGUCCAUUGACAUGUAUCUUCCAGUAAAAUACUUGAUCAGCAGAAAUUAGGGCAUAGUACAAUGUAACUCCAACACUGUAGUACAGGUGUUUAAGCAAUUUUAGAGAGCAUAUUGUACUUUUCUGUGCAUAUUUCAGUGACAAAGAUUCUGCAUGUGCUGUAUCAAUCCUACUCAUGUUCCUUUCAUUUUGGUUCUCAAGGUAGGGAUUUUAAAUCACAACAUCCAUUAAUUUACGGUAAGUGGGCUGGUCCCAUUUUGGAAUUAUUUUAUGUUUUCACUUUGUUAUUUUUCAUAUGCUUUGUCAUGAAGUUGCUAAAUUUUGCUGAUAUUUUUGAGUUUUGUAUGUUGUUUUGACAAAAAAAAAUCAUGCCUAGCAGAAGUUAACUUUUAAAAAUGGUAUGCAUAAUAAUUCUGGCAUUUUGUGGAUAUUUUCUUGAGCUCUAUUUAAUGAUGUAAUAUUGAUAUUAAAAAGAAGAGCAAAAAGGUACUUAA